GCCGCACGCUGUGUCCGUCCAGGUCAGCAGAAUGGGUAUUGCUUGCCAUAGAUAUGGGGACGCUUCUUUCUGUACAGCGAACGUAUUUUUUUUAUUCGCUCUACGUUCUUCCAUACAGAGACCCCACUUAGCCACUCGACAUAGCCAUGACCAUAGCUUUUCCUGUUGCGGGUCCGCGCAUUGAAGCAAGAACCAUAUCAUCUUGAUGGGGCACAGCGGGUCACGCCCAUGGUCAAACCUGCGUUCCUCUCUUCUUUUCGCUUCUCUUCGCUUUCCCUUUUGCUUUGCAAGGAACUGUAUCUGCACAAACCGGUCCGCGGGCCAGAACCAUUGACCAAGGCCAGCAAGCGCCGGUGAUAACAGCCGGCAGUCCUGAGCUACACCAAGGCAGGACCGGCUGGUACACAGCAGAACGCCAUGGCGGAUGCUCAGCAAGUGCUCGCACGGCUGCGGGUGCAGAUCGUCGCAGCACACAACCUCAUCGGGCGCGACCGUCAUGGCAAGACCUCGGACCCGUACGUGGUGCUCAGCAUACCCGGCGUCAACCUUACCCCGUCAGCCUCGGGCUCGAGCAAGCCUUCUUCUAGCAACAGCUCAUCGAGCAGCAAGCGCCAGACACCAGCUAUCUCCAAGACGGUCAACCCGGUGUGGAAGCCGGAGGAAGCCACAUUUGAUCUAGACGUCACUCCUGUAUGGCUUGGCACCAAUGAAGAAGGCGUAUUACCCGGCGGAGGCAGGUCGUUGUACAAGCGCUCACUCUCUGGAGCCGCAAGCAAGUACCUGCUGCAGCCAGCCCGCAAGAUUCCAAAGGGUGCGGCAGCGGGCGCACGUGUCAUUGGUAGAAAGGCGCCAAAGCCCAUGCGCAUGAAGCGAAACAACAAUAACAACAACAACAAUCCCUCUGAGGCGAAUGUAGCCCCUGCUUCCGCGACUACGAGCGCCCAAGCUUCAAUCUCCGCCUCGCCCAGCCCCACAGACGCUGCAUCUAGGCAGGAGCAGCAGCGUGCAAAGCCAGAUUUGCACAGACUUGCUACAAAUGUGAACACUGCCAAUCUCGAGCCGCCGCCCGGUUCGGCCGUGCUUAACCCGUCCGGGGCAUCUCACGCCGUUGUCCGCGCCCUCGAGUUUGUGCUGUGGGACAAGGACCGCUUCAGCGCAGACGACUACCUCGGCGAGUGCUCGUUGCCUGUCAAAAGUUGGGCGACCGCCUCACCCGGAGAAGACGGCUCGGAGGCCACCACAGAAGUGGGAAGCGUUGCGUGGGAGCACGCCAAGCCUAUCACCAUCCCCGUCGUCUCGCAUCGGCGCCGCAGAGAGGUCAGCGGCGAACUGAUAGUCAAGGUCGGUCUUCUGCCGCCUUCUGCUCCCCCUGCUUCCCACGCGAACGUCGACGACGUGUAUCACCAGCUGCUCCUCGCCAACACCUCCGAUGCAGCGCUGGGCGUACGUGGCGUGCCUGCCGAUCAGUCGCUCGGUACGGCGUCCGCUGCGGAAGCAUUCAUCGACGACGGCUUGAGCAGCGGAUCGGAAGAGGACGAGGAAAUCCUGCUCACUGAUGAUGAAGAAGACGGCGGCGACGGCGGCAGCAGGCCGCUCCGGGAUGACGCCGGCAGCGAAACGGACACCGGAACGGAGAGCGAAGACAUAUAUCGCGCGCAUUACCAAAGCAUCGCUGGCGUGCCGAGCCUGACCAGGAUGGACAGCGACCAGAUCUGGCCGCUCGCCACCCCGCAGGAACCAGUCGUCUUAUCAACACCGCCCAUCGACAGCGUGCCGGCACCCACCAAGCGCCGCCUCUUCGGAAAGAUGGGCAGGAGCAGCUCUUCGACCUCGCUCCAAUCGGCGCGUUCACAAGAUGCUGCAGGUACAGAAGGCAGCGGCAGUGGCGAUGGUGUGACGAAAGGACGGCUGCAGAAGGUCAGGAAGCCCAAAAAGCCUCGACGCAAGAUGACCGCCGGGCGAAGGGCUGCGGAAGAGUUUGCGUUCAAGGCCGAGAUGGGUAUGGACAUUAUCGGCAUCGUCAUGAUGGAGGUGCAAGGCGCGCACAAUUUGCCGCUCUGGAAGAAUGUCACGAAGAUCAGCUUCGACAUGGAUCCGUUCGCGAUCGUUUCAUUCGGCCAGAAGAUCUUCCGCACGCGUGUCGUUCGACACUCCCUGAACCCUGUCUGGGACGAAAAGUUGCUGUUCCACGUCCGCCGCCACGAGUCUGGCUUCAUGGCCAAGUUUGCGAUCUACGACUGGGACCGCAUGAGCUCGCACGACUUUGUCGGUGGCACUGAGCUCCAGAUCUCCGAACUGGUCGAGCUGGCGCCCAAGCCCGACCCGGCGACGGGGCUGUAUGCUGCUGAUCUCGACUGGACAACUGCCGAGCAGGGCAUGCAGUCAUUCACGCUGUCGCUGCACAGGACUGAACACGACGAGGAUGUCAAGUUUGGGAGAAAGCAGGCGCCGAAAAUCUCCGUCAAGGCCAAGUUUACGCCGUAUGACCUGUUGCGCCAGAGUUUCUGGCGACACCUCUUGCUGCAGUAUGAUACGAACGACAGCAAGUCUCUCAGCGAACUGGAACUUACAACCAUGCUUGACAGUCUUGGUUCCACCCUUUCGAGCAUGACGAUCCGCUCCUGGUUCCAAAGGUACGGCAAGAGCGCGGAGGACGGCGAUGAGCUGUCCUUUGAGGAGGCGAUCCUCGUUCUCGAGGAGGAAAUCAAGAAGCCCUGGUCUCAAAAGCGCCGUGUGCGUUCCAGCGAAACAGAAAGUGGCGCAAGCACACCAGCGCUGGAGAUCGAUCGGCAACUCCGAGCGAUGGGCUUCUCCGGGUCAGACGCGCCGACGCUGAGCGAGACGUGCCUUGCACAUGAGCCCGUGCCCGUCCCGAGCACAGUGCUCGAGUGCAGCGAGACGAAGACGACGAAUGCACCGAUGCUCAAACCACUGUUGGAAAAGGACAUAUCCUCCACAGCCCUGUCCGUGGUGUCGAUGACAACGACGAUGACAAGUGGUUCGUCUGCUUCUGGCACACAUGCCACACCUGUGAGGACUGUGUCGAGCGCGUCCGACGUCGCUUCGGAGUCCGUCGAGAGCGGGCAAGUGGAGCAGGUGAUCAAGCUCAAGUCUUGCCCGCUGUGCCACAUGGGCCGGCUGAAUCGCAAAGGCGAAAUGGACAUUGUCACGCAUCUGGCUGUAUGCGCCUCGCAAGACUGGCGUCGAGUCGACUCGAUGCUCGUCCGCAACUUUGUCACAGCGAAUCAAGCGCACAGGAAGUGGUACACCAAGGUCUUGACCAAGAUCAGCCAAGGGAGCUACGCGUUGGGUGCCAACAGCGCCAACAUCAUCGUGCAGGACCGGCAAUCAGGCGAGCUGCUCGAGGAGAAGAUGCAGGUGUACGUGCGCCUGGGCAUCCGGCUGCUGUACCAGGGUGCCAAGUCCCGCAUGGAAAGUGCACGCGUCAAGAAGAUGCUCAAGAACAUGUCGAUAAAACAAGGCGUCAAAUUCGACGACCCAGCCUCGGUGCGCGAGAUUGCGCCUUUCAUCGCGUUCCACAAUCUCAACAUCGAAGAGAUUUUCGAUCCACUCGACAGCUUCAAGACUUUCAAUGAAUUUUUCUACCGCAAGCUCAAGCCCGACGCACGCCCCAUCGCUGAGCCGGCGCACGCGACCAGGCUGGUCAGCGGCGCAGACUGCCGCAUGAUGGCAUUCGAGAGCGUCAACGAAGCGACACGCAUCUGGAUCAAGGGCCGUGGUUUCUCUGUAGAAGCGCUGCUAGGGGACAAGUACAAGGGCAAAGUAAACGCUCUAAAGGAUGGCGCAUUGUGCAUCUUCCGUCUCGCACCGCAGGACUAUCAUCGUUUCCACUGUCCUGCCGAUGCCGUCGUUCAUCAGAUCACUCCGAUCGAGGGUCAAUACUAUACUGUCAAUCCUAUGGCUAUCCGCUCCGCCAUUGACGUCUAUGGUGAGAAUAUCAGGGUGGUUGUCGAGUUUCACAGCCCCCAAUUUGGCAGGUUUUUUGCUGUCUGCGUCGGCGCGAUGAUGGUCGGAUCCACCGUGCUUACCAAGGCAGUGGGUGACUCCGUCGCUCGCGGCGACGAACUUGGCUACUUUAAGUUCGGCGGGUCCACAAUCGUUCUGAUCUUCGAGAAGGGACGCUGCGUGCUCGACGAGGAUCUCUUGGACAACUCCAAUGCGGCGAUUGAGACGCUCGUCCGCGUCGGCAUGGGCAUUGGGAGAGCUACCUUGCCGAGGUGAACACUCGGAAUACAAACAGGAAUCAGGUUCUUCAGACUCGAACUCAUUCUGGUACAGCGGCCAACCGCAUAGACUCCGCAUCAGCGCCUUUUACAAACAUCCGCAUACCAUUCUCCGCACUCAAACUCAUCAUCAACACAUAUACUUGUAUUAUCGCAUGUCACAAUCCGCAUUCCUCAA